GUCUCAAAACGCCAUGUCAGAGGUCUCGAUGGAACAUAUAUCUCCGUUGCUGUCAAGCGUCUGCGUGUGUUCGGUGUGCAAGACAUAACCACACUUUUCGAGAAGGAGAUUUAUGUCUGGUCCAAACUAAGCCAUCCCAACAUACUGAGAUUGCUUGGCUACUCAUUCGACGAUAACACCGAUUUUCCGAUGUUUAUUUCUCCAUGGAUGGACAAAGGGACGCUCUCGUCAUAUCUGAGGGCUGAACCUCACUACGACGCUCUACAACUAACGCUUGGAAUUGCCGACGGACUUGGUUAUCUGCAUCAGCACGGUAUAAUUCAUUCGGAUAUGAAAUCAGAUAACGUACUUGUCUCAGACAGCGGUCAGGCUACAAUCUGUGACUUCGGACUCUCCCGGAUAAUCGAGGCGAGCCGUUCGCUGGGACGACUCACGUCGACUUCGAAGGGUACCACGCGUUAUAUGGCUUAUGAGCUGCUUAUUCUCGGACAAAAGAACUCGGAAAAAUCGGAUGUUUGGGCCUUUGGAAUGAUUGUCUAUGAGAUUUUAACGCAGCUAUCCCCAUACGCGGACUGCACGAAUGAUGCACAAGUCGCACUGGCAAUUUUUAACGGCAAGCUUCCAUCCCGGCCUUCUGAUUUCGAUGCAACGACGCAUAUAGACCCUGGUAUAAGCCACUUACUGUGGGAUAUCUGCCGUGGCUGUUGGGUUCAAGACCCUCAGGAACGAUGCUCGAUGGCCGAGAUUGUAAAAAGGUUGCAAGUGGCACAAGCUCUGAGACUGCCACCUCUGCAAAGUGAAGUAUCUGGUCCAAAAAGAAACAAAGUCUCCUUGAAUAAUAUACCAUCGCUAAGCGAAAUGUACGAGCGUGAUCAUCUUUCGAUGACCUCAGACAUCUCUCCGAUGUUUGAGCCUAACUAUGCUUAUCUCGACAUUAUCGCUAUAGUUCAAGGCGACAUCACGGAAUUGGACGUCGACGCGCUUGUCUACGAACCCGACUCGUAUUUAGGAAACACAGAAAACGUAAUACAAGGCAGCGUCAGCAGUAGAUUACAUGAACUGGCUGGUCCAAGGUUUACGACGGACUUUAAACAACUCUCACUUGAUUACGGCGCUGUUCGAGUGACACCUGGUCAUAAUCUCUUCGCGAAGCACGUCAUCCAUGCUCGUGGACCAGGUCCAGUUCUUGCUCAUCAGGCUUCCCUCGGAGCUGGAGCUGGGAAUCUAAUGCAACUGAACGCAUGCUACACGCGCAGCCUAGAGCUAGCGAAUGGGAGUUACAUGAAAAGUAUCGCUUUCUCUUCGAUCUCGACGCAUGAGGGAGAGUUUCCCAUUGAAAAGGCUGCACGGAUCGCACUGGAAGGAACGCGACGCUUUCUCGAUCGACAACGUACAUUCGGGGCUCUACGCCUGAGUCGGGUCAUAUUUGUUGUGGAAGAGGCCAGUCACAGAGAGGCGUACGAGAGGCUCAUACCGCUAUUCUUUCCGUCUCCGCGCAUUAGGAUAACCCUGCACCGAAAGUAA